AGACUUAUUCAUUCAUAAUAUUAUUGUGUUCGUCAUUUGAUCCCAGUGUUCCAAGAAAAUUAAAUUUUAGUUUAAAUUUUAAAACUUGAUCCCAUUUUUUUUAAACGUCAUGUCUGUAAUAAUAACAAUUCAAAUUUAGAUUAAGUUCCCGCGUCCAAGUUGAUAAAUAAAAAUAAAUAAUAAUUACUAUUAUUUAAAUAAUUAUGUCAGUAAAAAAUGAAUGGUCUCGGGUAAAAGUACUGGGCUCUGGUGCUUUUGGUACAGUAGAAUUAUGGGAAAAUAAUAAUCAACGCAUAGCAAUAAAAAAGUGCCAUAUAAACAAAAAAAGUUUAACUGCUAAACAAAAAGAGAGAUGGGAAAACGAAGUCAAUAUAAUGAAUAAAUUAAAUCACAAAAAUUUAAUUAAUACCAGAGAUUUACCUCAGCAAUUAAUUAGUUACAAUAAUAAAGUUAAUGAUUUACCAAUUUUAUGCAUGGAGUUUUGUACAAAAGGUGAUUUACGCAGUUUGUUGAAUAACUGCGAGAAUUGCUGCGGGAUCAAAGGUACAGAAGCUUUGAAAAUAAUGCGCGACAUAUCAUCAGCAGUCGAGUAUUUACAUGGGAACAAGAUAACUCACAGAGAUCUGAAGCCAGAGAAUAUUGUGCUGCAGCAAAUAGGCAGUAAUAUUAUUUACAAGUUAAUUGAUCUCGGAUACGCCAAAGAGCUGAGUGAUGCCAGCAUAUCAGCAUCCAUUGUCGGGACAUUGAAUUAUUUGGCUCCAGAAUUACUUUGGAAGGAAUCUUACAGUUGUUCUGUUGAUUACUGGAGUCUUGGUAUAUUAUUUUAUGAAAUAAUAACUGGCACCAGACCAUUUUUACCUCAUAUGCAAAUCACCAAAACUUGGAUGGAUUUAAUCAGCAAAAAAAAAUAUGUGGAUAUUUCAGCGCGCGAAGUUGAUGAUAAAAUAAUAUUUAACAGUGAUAUUGAUGAUCCGUGUACUAUUCCCAAGUGCAUAAAAAAUGAUUUAGUCGAAUGGUUUCGUCUAGUUCUGCAGUGGGAUCCACGUAAACGUGGAAAAAUUGACGAUCAGCUUGUCGUUUUUACGAAAUUAAAUGAAAUUUUGAGCAAAAAGAUUAUUGAUGUUUUCAUUGUCCCGCUCUAUAAAUUUGAAUCUUUUGUCGUCGAGUCGGAUGUGACCGUUGAUAAAAUGAAGUUGCUGAUAUUCCAUAAAGAACUUGUUGGUAUUCAGAGUCAAAUAGUGACUGACACCAUGGGAAAUAUUUUAGAUGAUAAAUUUUCGCUGCAUGGAAGCGACGUUAUCAUGGUUUUUAAUGAUGAUCUGUCUAUCGAUAAUGUAUCAAAGCCAAAAUUUUAUAAAUGUAUUGACCAAGUUAUCGUCCAACCGCGUAAGCAAGUCAAUUAUCAUGAAAUAAAAUGUUAUUAUGGGUCGAUGAUGUUUUUCAUCAGACAACAAAUCGAAAUAUAUCGUAAUUAUAUAUUAGCAUUAAGUAUAAUGAUAGACUUGUGUGAUAAAAAACUCGAAUCUCUAAGAAAUGAUAUACAGGAAUUGAGUUCCGGUGCUGAAAAAUUAGUCAGCAGUUUAGAAUCAACAGAAGAAUUAAUCAAAAAUACCUCAUACGAGUGCAGCUUUAAAGAAUUGAAAAAAAAAAUUUCAAAUUUUGUUGAAGGGAAAAAAGAAAUGAAGAAACAGUUCGACGGCUUAGUGAAAGACAGCGAGCGGUUGAGAAAUUUUUCUGACGUAAACUGGAUGCAGGACAUCGAGGAACCUCUGGAUCACGCGUAUCAUUUAAUCAAGACCUGGCUGAUCGCCGAUCGCAACAAAUCGCGCUCGCCUCUAGACAUGGUCCAGUUAUUUUACAAAUUUAUGGACAUCCGCGAGAGUAAACUGCGCGAUCAGCAGCUUACUGAUGCAAAAAACGAUAUCAAGCAGUUUUCGAAGCAAUUGUCACUAUUGAAGACAGUUCUCAAGUCAUUCAAAGCACUUUUAAUAAAUUAUGAUGAAGAAUUGAGUAAAAUAAGACAAGAAAUAAAUUAUUUAAAUGAAACUAGUCCCACUUGUUCCGGUGUAAUAAAUAUUCCAGCCAAUGAGACAGACGCUGUGAUUUUUAAUUCCAUUUUAAUUAGUAACAUGCUCGGAGGUUUAGUAACAGAAAUGGAUUUAUUGAAAACAAAGUACGCAGAUUUAAAUAAUCUAGACAAUUGAGUCGAUUUUAUUGAACGUUAAUUUUUAAAAUAAAUUUAUAAAUCGUUAUUAAUAAAAUAAAUAUUUUUAUAUAUUUAA